AUGAAUUUUGUUCUCACCAUUGGGUGCAUUUAUUUUCGAUCACAGGCGAAUUUACUUUUCGGACGCAUUGCAAAUCGCUUUUUGCAGCCUACUGCGAGACUUGCCUAUGAAUCCCUCGCCUUAGGCUCGUCUAAACAUAUACAAGUGCUUUCAGGGCUACGUGUUGAUGGUCAAACAAUCAUUGCUUGUACGGUCUGGGCUAUCUGGCGGUGUCAUUGGCGUUUUGUAUUUGAUGGUCGUACCUUCUGGCCCGAUGAAGCUGCUGCACGAGCAACUCAAGCAAUCAAGCGAAUACAGGAUGAAAAUAUUUAUAGAGAGCGUCUAAAAUCAUCUCGCGCAGGUUAACGCAACCUUUAUUUUGUUCCGUGCUUCUAUGUUCUUUAUUAUUUUCUUUAAUAAGUACAAGCCGACUGGCAGUACUUGAAUAAAAUAUACCAUUUUACAAAAAAAAAA